AGGCGAGAGUAAUGACUGUCCAGCUUAGAUGACUACAACCGGGUAACAGAGAUCAAAGACAUCUCCCCCGUCUUAACUGUAUACGGAAGGAGGCUGUUCAUCUGGUUAUUUACACAAGAUGGGGGACAAUUUCGAGGAGCUGGUUAGCGAUCUCUCCUCCUUCAGUGUUUCUAAUGAAGAAAACUGUGCAGUGUCGCGGAUCGAUCUGUACAAGACCAAGACUUCUAAACAAGACCAGGAAACCAGGCGAGCCAAGUUCUUGGAAAGGCAAAAGAGUGAUCGACAGAGCAGCCUCUCCGCAUUGCGCAAUAUCGAGGAGGAGUCGCAGAGUCCUGAGAAGACUAACCCUUAUAAAAACCAGCUAAUGCUAUCAGAGUGGCUACAAGAUAAGCCUGAUGAUUUUGAAGAGAACUGGCUGUGCAAAUUUGCCCCUGUUGGGCACAGAACUCUAAUAGUGGCUCACAAGGGGAGGACGGAGAGUUAUACUAAGAACGGUUACAGAACAGCAAGUUUCCCGUCCAUGCUCCCGGGGGGCAGUAACGCUACCAGGUCCUCAUACUCUCUGUUGGAUGCUGUGUGGUGUGACACUAACCACACCUUCUACAUCCUCGACCUUAUCUGUUACAGAGCUCAUCCUGUGGAUAACUCCGAGGCAGAGUUUCGGUUUUAUUGGGGAGCCACUAAAUUCUCCGAAGACUUACCAGGGAUAUCGUCGGAGCAGCGCACUAAUAGGUACCCCAUGGUAUGGCUGCCGAGUGUCCCCUGUGCCAAAGAGAACUUGAUGAAGAUGAUGGCUGAGAAGCAGGAGUUUGAGGUGGACGGCUUCCUUUUCUACCAUAAGAUGGGUCACUAUGCUGCUGGGCCUACUCCGCUGGUAGGCUGGCUGAAACCAGACUUGUUGAACAAAGUCCUGGACUUAGAUCUGGAUCUCACCAGCUAUCAAAUGGACUCCUGACAAAACUGUAGAUCCGUUUUUUAAAGAGUGCUACCUGAAAUUGAUGCGGAGUAAAAGCUCAGAUUGAUGAGUUUAUUUGUAUCAGAGAACUGGACAAUGUGUUUCAAACAUUUUUGAGAGUAAAGAUAAACACAGUGUGAUGACUUUCUUGUGAAACAAGAUAAUUUUUGUCAGGGCUCAUUUGCUUGAAUAUAGCCCAAUUUUUGCUGUUAAAAUGGAGAUGGAAACUUUCUCCUUAAAUUUUAACUAUUGAAUUUGAUUCUUAAUAUAUUUCUAACUAUUUUGUGAUACUCAAUGUUAAACUUAACUUAUUAUUAGUUCAGCAA